AAUAAGUCCAUCCGUGAAAUGUCCUUGCUAUUAAAUUUUCCUUGGUCAACUGUUAGUGAUAUUAUAACAAAGUGGAAGCAACUAGGAACAACAUAAACUCAGCCACGAAGUGGUAGGCCACGUAAAAUGAGAGAGAGGGGUCAGCGCAUGCUGAAGCGCACAGUGCACAGAAGUUGCCAACUGUCUGCAGAGUCAAUAGCUAAAGAACUCCAAGCUUCAUUUGGCCUUCAGAGAGCUUCAUGGAAUGUGUUUCCAUGGCCAGGCAGCUGCAUCCAAGCCUUGCAAAGCGUUGGAUGCAGUGGUGCAAAGCACGCCCCCACUGGACUCUGG